UGUAUUAAAGUGUUCCAGUAACACUAGAGCGUCUCAACAACCUCUUAGAUGCGGUCGUAACCGCUGUAACAACUUUAAUGCUAAUAACUCCGACGAGGACGAUUUCAAUCUCAACUAUAACACUCAUGAAUCAGCCACAGAUUAGUUUGAUUCCUUGUGCAAGUGUUGAAGAGAGGAAUUUAUUAGCAGAUGCGGCGAAGAUUGUUGAAAAGAAUAGCAAGGUUUACAAAAGGAAAGAAGAUUUGAUUAAGUUCGUUUCUGAAAAUCUUCAAUCUCUAGAGUUUAUGGCGGCAGCGGCGAAACAGAGUUUGAAGAAGACAGGGAUGCAUGUUCUGUCAUGGAGGAAGCGUGAUUACAUGCUUGCUAAGUGGAUCUCUCCUUCUGCUGCAAGGUCAACGCAAGUCUGCGAUGCGGCGGUGCAGGAAACAAUGUCGUCGGAGGUUGUUGUGGAUGCUGACGUAAGGGACACUUGAAAAAAGUGUUCCGGUGUGUAAUUUUGUUUUACCGGAACACUUGAAUUUUUUUUUUGUUACCAGAACACUUUUCCAAAAGUGUUCCGGUUUGUUAAUUUCUUUUCAAAAAAAUAGUCUUCUGGAUUUCUUUUUCCCACAGCAUCAAGUUCAAGCUUUGCUUGUUCUUGUUCACCAGGAUAAAAAGGUUGAGAACUCAAUGAAUUUGAAACCAUUUUCAAACAAUGGAUUUUCAUGCUUCUUGUGUU